UCUCUCCUGCAGAAAAAUAGGAAUGAUAAAUCGCGAAUAAAUGCAAGAGAAGCGAACGAGCUUGUUACGAAUAAUAAUUAACGAUCUAAAGUGAUUGUUUUAUACUACGAAUUCAUUUGCGUAUGCGUUGUACAGACAAUAUCGAACGUAAAAAGAUUUUGUUUCGUGUGGGACUCGCUCUACAAUCUUCACACAAAGUUCUCAGACGAGGCAUUAAAUCUCAUUGUUAAUUAAAAUCAGUUAAAACAACAAAAACAUGGAAUAUCAGUCGACAACGUAACAUCCUCCGGCAUCUUCGAUGCCUCGAGCUGCCUUCGACCACCUUCGACCAUCACCGCACCUGAGCGGCAGCUACUCUCCGGACGAAAAACAUCGGCUCGCUCGCCAAUGCGUGCCCACCCAGCAAGAUGGCUCCUCUACGGGGCGACACUCGGUGUUUGACGUGAAGUUAUUUGCACACCCAGGAGCUCGCGCCGCUCUCGAGGAGUCGUGCCAGCCGUCGCGUCGAUCCGUCGAUCGGUGCCGUGCGAGCGCGAGGCACGAGUGUCGUCCGCAGUCGCGGCUCGCGCGUCCACGUCGCGUUACGUCACGCCGUGCCGUGCCGAGCCGAGCGGAGCCGAGAACGAACGGACGAACGAACGAACGACGGGAUACGCUUCGUCGCGAGAGGAGUCGAGUGUCUCCCGAAACACGCGGUGACGGCUCGCACGGGGAAACAGUCGCGCGACACGGCCGGAUUCCGGUGACAGCGGACCGACUCGGCGCCUCUCCGAGGAGACAGCCCCGUGCGCUUCCCCUCACUCAGAUACAUAGUGCCAUUCCAAAGAACCAUUGCUCACAGCUGUGCUAAACUAUGAACGCUAUAACGAUAGAUAGAUGCGUAAGAGUUUUUAAGCUCUGUUAUACCUAGAUCUAAACGAACGUAACGUUACUAAUUGCAAUCUCUAGAGAAUCUCGAGAGAACGAUCUUGAGAAUUUUAUGCCGGAAGCGGAGGCAAUUGUAUAAAUGAGAAUUUGGAGAGAAUCGGAUCAAAACUGCGCAUGGGAUAUUUGCACGCGGAUCCGAAGCCGAUCGAGAGAGGCAAGCGAACUUUGUGAUUCCGAUCGCCUGGAGAUGUUACCAAAGGGGGAUUGAACCAAUUUUUUGUACGCACGCAAUUCUAGCGACUCAAUCGAGUAAUGACCAAAGGUGUGGGGGCAGAUCUCUACUAGAGGAAAAUCUCUCGACGGCGUUUCACUAUGUCUUGAGCACGAGCUAUUCGAUAGAGAAGAAAACUUAUUUUCACGUUUGAUACGAGCGUUUAUAUAUCACUGCGCGUUAAACAUGGCGAGAAAAAGUGACAAUGCGAGGAGCAUCAACGUCGCGGUGGUCGGGCUGUCCGGCACGGAGAAGGACAAGGGGCAGGUCGGCGUGGGCAAGUCGUGCCUGUGCAAUCGCUUCAUGCGUUCCCUCAGCGACGACUACAAUGUGGAGCAUAUUUCGGUGUUGUCACAGUCCGACUUUAGCGGACGUGUGGUGAACAACGAUCACUUCCUGUACUGGGGCGAAGUGACGAAAACGGCGGAGGACGGGACGGAGUUUCAAUUUCAGAUUAUCGAGCACACGGAGUUCAUAGACGACGCGUCGUUCCAGCCGUUCAAGGGCGGCAAGAUGGAGCCGUACGCCAAGAGAUGCACGGCCACGAAGAUCACGAGCGCGGAGAAGCUCAUGUACAUCUGCAAGAAUCAGUUGGGCAUCGAGAAGGAGUACGAGCAGAAGGUCCUGCCGGACGGUAAAUUGAACAUCGACGGGUUCCUGUGCGUGUUCGACGUGAGCCUCGUGCCGAACCGGGCGAUCGAGAAGCAGGUCGAGAUCGUCGCGAAUAUCCUGAAUAACCUGAUGAAGACGAAGAAGCCGAUCGUGCUGGUGACGACGAAGAACGACGACGCGAACGAGCAGUUCGUCAAGGAGGCGGAGAAGCUGAUAAUGCGCAAGGAGUACAAAGGCUCGAUCCUGAUCGUCGAGACCUCGGCGCACGAGAACAUCAACGUCGACCUGGCCUUCAUGAUCGUGGCGCAGCUGAUCGACAAGACGAAGAUGCGCAGCAAAGUGAUGCCGUUCGCCGAGGCGGCCCGUGCCAGGAAGGAACUGCUGGACGCGUCGACGGAGUCGUUGCAGAGAUUGAUACGAAUACACGUGACGGACUAUCGCGCCUUGUGGUCGCAGGCUUCGAAGAAGCUCGCGCAGCACAAGGAAUUUUCCACUUUUGUAGAGUUAUUCGGUAUCGAGGCGACGCAGAGACUGUUCAGGCGGCACAUCAAGAAACUCAAGGACGAGCAGAUCGCGAAGAAGAUACAGGGCUACCUAGACAUGCUGCCGGAUAUCCUUCACGAGAUCUGUCCCGAUAUAUCAAACUUAAUUAACGAAGAAUGGUCGGCGGUGCAACAGUACAUAAAGGAGCAUCCCGAUUUUCAUCAGUACUUUUACGAGUGUCCCGAGGAUAUACCGUGGAUCGAUUGCGACUACGGCGAGAGCAACGGCACGAAAAUACCUUACGACGUGUUGGAGACUCCCGAGGCCGAGACCGUAUUUAAGAAUCACAUAAAUGCUUUACAACAAGAGCAACGGCGACUCGAACUUCCGAAAAGGUGGAAGAAACAAUUUAAGCAGUUGUUGGAGGAAACUGGCUACGUCACGCCCGGGAAACAUUUGUCGGAAGUUCGAGUUUUAUUUAUGGGCAGAGAAUGUUUCGAGGAACUUUCUCACCAUGAUUGUCAGGAGAUUUACGACCAGCAUCAAAAGGAGAUUGUCGAAAAGGCGAAACACAAUUUUCAAGAGUUAUUACUGGAGCAUGCCGAUUUGUUUUAUCACUUCAAGAGCAUAGCUCCGUCUGGAACUAUCACGCAAGACGACAUAAAGGAAAUUACCGACGCGUUGUUGGACGAUUUUAGAUACAAAGCUUUGGACAGAUUAGACCAAGACAGAAAGCUAAUGCUGUUUCAGCAUUUGGGAUUCGUCCAUUGUCCUAUAAGGGAGCAUUGCCCCGCUUAUCCGAAUUGCAUGGACGCGCUCAUAGAGAGGAUACUUGGAACGAAGGCCCAUAGACCUUCCUCGUGGAAUCACAGUAGCCAGUGGCAGUUAACGUCGGAUAACAAUCAGUUAAAUUUAGUCAUACUCGGGAGCAACGGACUGAGCGAGGAGUUUGCCCGCGAGAUAAAGGCGCAAACGGAGGACGACGAAGUGGAAAUCGAUUGUCAGCUGUACACCCUCGGCUAUCGCAUCAUAGACGGCGAUGUCGGACUGCCGCAUAAUUCCUUCACUACCUCCGAUUUCAUGCCGCACGGAUCCUUUUGUAUUUACUCGAACGAAGACUCGUUCGAGUACAUUAGAUCAUCUUUGGAAAAGACAUUGUUAUCAAAUUUGGAGCAAGAGGACAGAUUGCCGUUUCAAGGACUGCCUAUUGUAAUAAUGUUUAUCCCAGAAGCCAGCAUCGAUGAGAUAGAAGCUAUCAAACUCAGAGAGGAAGGACAGAGCCUCGCGGACAGCUUGCAGUGUCCGUUCAUUGACGUGUGCAUAGACGAGCUGGAGCACGAGAAGCACAAAAGAUUCCCCACUUCUCUGGUGAAGGAUGCUCUGCAGCAACUUAUACAAUCCAUAAACCACCGAGCUGGUUUUCUAAACAUAUAUCAAAGCGUCAUCGAGUGCUUGGAACCUGACAUUAGGAUAAUAAUGUGCAUGUUCUGCGGCGACCCUUAUUCGGUCGAGAACGUCCUCGGCCCUCUGCUUAACCACCAGUGCUGCUUCCUCAGCGGAGACAGAUCGAUAGUCUUGGAAACGUUCCUCGGAGAGUGCAAACGUCGAGUCGAAGUCAUUAUCUCGAGUUUCCACGGAGCCAAUGCCUUUAGAGACGAAUUAGUACACGGCUUUAUACUCGUCUACUCCACGAAGAGGAAAGCCUCUCUCGCGACUCUGAAUGCUUUUUCUACGAAUAUACCAAAUCUGCCGAUACAGAUAAUGGCUGUGACCGACACUGGCGGCGCGAACGCAUUUUUCAGCAACGAUUUGAGUCACCUGCUGAUCACGGAAGGGAACGCCAUCGCGGACAAACUGGAAGCGCAUUUUAUGACGUCCGCGUCGAGCUGCCAGCAGAAAACUGCAUUUUACACGCCUUUCUUCAAAGUGGUGUGGGAGAAGAAGCCGGAGAUCGAGCAGGCGUUCAAUAUGGAGGAGCCGGGAAAUCUGAACGACAGCGGAGAGGGCACCUUGGAAUAUUCAGCUUUGCACCCGAUGCCGCCGCCGCGGCACGAGAGCUAUCACCUCCAGACGCCGGAUGACGGUAUGUCUGUAACUUUUAGGAGCGGCUCCGAGUCGUACGAGCAGUUGACGCCCGACGGUGAUCUCGGUGAAACCGGUCUCACCGAGCAGUUCGCCGAUCACCGAGCUAUACCGAGCGACGACAGCGACAUUUACAGCCAGGUCGACUUCUACCGAGAGGAGAGGGAGAGAGACCUCAUGAAAAACGAGGACAUCACGAAUAAGCUGUCUGGCUGGGUAAAGGACACGUUUAUGCAUCAGGACGGAGUUACCAAUAGUUAUUCGCACAGAGCCUUCACGACAGGACGGCGAUACAUCUCGCAGGCUAAGCCGCGACCGAAAGGGAACAGUCAGACGUUGAAACAGCCUGGAAAGAUCAAUCUGAAAGAUUUUGCGAAUGUGACAGACGCGAUAGCCAGAAUGACGAUCGGCGAGAAGGACGAGCACGGACCUAAACUGACGAUGGGCCACGCUCCCCUCGCCACGCCGGAACUGGUGGAUCUCGGCUCGGAAUACGCGCAAGUGAAGGACGUCGUGCCGAGCAUGUACUCCGCUUACGACGGUGACUACAUGUACGCCCUGGUGCAGGAUUCCAUCGCCAACAACAAGUCCAAGCUGCGCCAUCGACGCGAAAAGGGGCAACCAUCAGCGUACAGCGAUUCCGACUCGGAAUGGAGUUCCCUGGAGAGGCAGCGGGCAACCGACGCUCUGAGCAAAGGGAACAAGAAGCUGUCGUCGCACAAACGAAUACGUAAGAAACGCACCGCGAUACCGGUCGCGACGCCCAAAGUACCGUCACUGGCCAGCAUGGGAAGCGGCGAUGGCAUAGUCGGCCUGAAUUACAACAUGAAGGACGAGAAAAACUGGCGUGUUGACCCAGGGGACAGAGUGUCCAGCGAAACACCCGACACUUCUGAAUCGAGCGAUCCAGAGCACAAUUCCAGGUCGAGGUCGAAGCAGUACAAGUACGCCGCUGUCAGCCUGCGGAAGAGAUUCUCUGGAAAUUCGCUGCAACAACAAUAUCUGCAACAUCCGUUCAACAUGAAGCACGUAGCGCAAGAAAUGUUCAGCGCCUCCUGCAAGCAAAGGGGUGAAAAUACAUUUGGCAUUCCAGAUGACGAAUCAAGUCUGGACGUUUCCUCGCCGCGUGAAAUUCACUCGCCUAGUUUUUCGGUCGGUAUAUUGAACAAGUGCAAGGACGGCGACAAGUUGACCAGGAAGAAGGACAAGCAAAAGGCGAAGGAGGAUGAGAAAUUGGAAAAGAGAAGGCAGAAGGAGGAGAAGCUCAAGAAACACGCGGAGAAGGAGAAGGAGAGGGAGAAGAAGAAGCAAGAGAAGAUCAAGCAGACCAAGGGCUCCGGAGGAACGCCGAUCUCGAGUCAGUCGCAGCAACCUUUGAUCGAGGAUUUCGCGCAGAGCGAGACGAACCGAAUACCCCUGUUCCUCGAGAAGUGCGUGCAGUUUAUUGAGGAGGAAGGCCUGGAUUCCGAAGGGAUAUACAGGGUGCCCGGUAAUCGCGCGCACGUAGAACUGCUUUUCCAAAAGUUCGAAGAAGAUGUUAACGUCGAUAUACAUUCUUUGGAUAUUCCCGUAAAUGCUGUCGCUACAGCCUUGAAAGAUUUCUUUUCCAAGAGACUACCGCCGCUUAUCGACAAAGAACGUAUGAGCGAACUUGAAGAUAUAUCAGGUGCACGGGGUAUUAGCAAACCUAUGUCGGCUACUUGCAUGAAUAUGGAAGAUCGAAGCGGCAGAUUAUUAGCUCUGCGCCUGAUGCUCAAUAAAUUGAAUCUCGUGAACUUCGACAUUCUCAAGUUUAUCUUUCAACAUUUCGUGAAGGUUGCCGAGAACUGCAAACUCAACAGUAUGGACAGCAAGAACCUGGCAAUCUGCUGGUGGCCUACGUUACUACCCAUCGAAUUCAACGAUCUCGGUAGAUUCGAAGCUAUGAGGCCGUACCUGGAGGACGUGGUCCAGACGAUGAUCGAUCAGUAUCCCUUCUUAUUUUGCGGCGAGGACGCCGUAGUGAUGGUGUAGUGAUAAAACGCGCUCACGCAUACGCGCGGUGCGUAUUUCUCUCGACAGCCGUGCAACGGGAGUGCGGUUUCCGCGCGGAGAGCGACGGGUGGAGGAAGCGGCGGCGCGCUCUCCGGCCGAGACUUCGCGAUCGGCGGCUCGACCUGGCUUCGUUGGAUUAAUCUGCAAACGAUUUUAUACGUCGUCGAUGGUUUUAUGAUUAAGGCGUAAAAAAAGCAACCGAUUGGUCUCGAGAUUGUUUGUAUUAGUGUUAAGCUUCGCUUUAGCGUACUCAUAACACGAUCAAGCCCGCCGCUCGGCGCGGUGGGCAACCGAACAAAAUUUCGUUUUCAGUUUUAAGUUCAGUCACAUCACUCGCAUCAUCCGUUCAUUUUUUCGUGGAAUGCGUGGUAGAUCAGGGUUCCCUUAACGCGGAACGAUGAUCGUACGAUCGAUGGUCCUAAAAAGUGGUUGUUCGUGUGUACGGUCGCAUAAUACCAUGAGCAUAAUAAGAGUCAAUCCAUGUGUCAUAACAAGUAUGCAUGUAUCAUGUUGGGUGUACUCGGUCGGGAGCGAUGUAUUUAUAUAUUGAUAUUACAUUAGGGGUAUAAGACUCGAUAUUUGAUAAUAGCGACUAGCUUUAUAUAGUUAGGGUAAUGAUCGAUGUUGCUUUCCUCAUUUUGCUUCUUUCGUUCUCUUUCCGUUCUUUCUUUCUUCGUGUCUUGUCCACACCGCGAGGAACGUUGGUGUAUGCCGACCACCCUGGUGACGACACUGCUGGAAUAGGCCUUCGUUAAAGGGGCCGUUAUUAGUAUUUAAACGAGGGCGUGUAUCCACGGUCCGCAUUUAAGAAACGAAAGACACGAAAGGUAACAAUUUGUCGUCGAGUAAUAUCUAAUGUAUUAUCUCACGUAGCAACGAUAUCAAAAAAGGGAGCCCGGUGGCUUUUCAACGCGCGUUUCUUCUGUUCGCCAAAUGCACAGAUGCGUCCGUCACUCGUGCGUGUUCAUUUCCGCAUAUUUGUAGUGCGAAAGUUUUUCGAUUCUCUUUUUACGGCAGGGCUAGGCAGGAGCUCAAACGAUAAUACAAUCCACUCAUACAUAUUCAUUCCGUCUAAAAUGGUAAAGUAAAAAAGAGGAGGGGAAAAAAAGAAAACUACGAAAAGCGUUACGUGUAGUCGCACGAUGUCUCGACAAAUAGUGAUAACAAAAUGCGUAUGCAAAGAAAAAAGAGGAGGAAGAUGAUGUAGGAGAGAAUAUUUCGGAGUUUUACACACACGCACAGAGGAUACAUAUACAAAAGCCGAAUCGAAAAAGGUUAUUGUAUUAAGGAAUAUCUAGGAACUACGAACGCGCGAUCACUAAGAUUUCUUAAAAUGAAUAUGUACAUAGAAUUCUAACGAUUUAAGGUACACAACAAUGUUCGUAGCGAGAAAAACGCCAGAAUCGUAAGGACUUCUUCGGGAGAACGCAGAGCCCGUUUUUACGCAGGAAACUGACGUUUCGUCAUUUAUAAUAUAUUUUCGCGAAAGCGCAGAAAGUAUUAGAACGCUUUGUCAUCGUGCAUAAAAUUCCGACUGAUAUUAAGUUAAAAAAAAAA